CCGCCGCCGCCGCCGCCGCCAGCCCCAGACCGCAGCCAUGGGCGUGUUCACCUUCGUGUGCCGCAAGUCCGGCGGCGAGUGGGAGGCCAAGCAGCACAAGGGCGAGCUCGAGGGCUCCGCGGCCUCCACGUACGACCUGGAGCGCCAGCUCGUCUCCGCCGCCUACGCCAAGGACCCGUGCGGCGGCGUCCAGUCCUCCUUCACCAUGGUCUCCCCCGACUCCGCCGUCUGCCAGGUGAUCAUUGGAGCUGCUGCUGCUGGUCCGGCAGUCGCUUCUGCUGGUGGUGCUGCUGCAUCAGGUGGAGGUGCCGCUGAGGCCCCAAAGGCUGAGGAGAAGAAGAAGGAAGAGGAGAAGGAGGAGAGCGAGGACGACCUUGGCUUCUCUCUCUUUGAUUAGAUCUUGUUUUCUAUAUUGCAUUGCCCCACGAGUUAUGCCAUGGUCGUAUUGCAGUAUUUUUGGGUUGUGAACUUGCCUAGUUGACUGUUAAGAGAUCUAUGUUGUCACUCUUCCGUUCAUGUGAGGAUUGGUUAUGUUAUUCAGCAUCAAAAUAUCCAGCCACUGCUUUUGAUCUCA